AUGGCUGCAGAAAAGAUCUUGGAGACUGUGGAUCACUAUAAAUCUGAGAUUGAGCGCUUGACCAAAGAACUGACAGAGACCACCCAUGAAAAGAUCCAGGCGGCUGAAUAUGGGCUGGUGGUCUUGGAAGAGAAGCUGACCCUUAAACAGCAGUAUGAUGAGCUAGAAGCUGAAUAUGAUGUCCUCAAACAGGAGCUGGAGCAGCUGAGAGAGGCCUUUGGACACUCAUUCUCAGUCCACCGUAAAGUAGCAGAAGAUGGUGAGACCAGGGAAGAGACACUCCUUCAGGAGUCGGCAUCAAAGGAAGCUUAUUACCUUGGGAAGAUUUUGGAAAUGCAGAACGAGCUGAAACAAAGUAGAAGUGUGGUUACCAACAUUCAAGCAGAGAAUGAACGGUUGACAGCAAUUAUGCAGGACUUGAAAGAGAACAAUGAAAUGGUGGAGCUGCAGAGAAUUCGGAUGAAAGAUGAAAUCAGAGAGUAUAAAUUUAGGGAGGCGCGGCUUCUUCAGGAUUACACUGAACUUGAAGAAGAAAACAUUACUUUGCAAAAGCUGGUUUCCACACUGAAGCAAAAUCAGGUUGAAUAUGAAGGCUUGAAACAUGAGAUAAAACGAUUUGAGGAAGAUACGGUGUUGCUUAAUAGCCAGCUAGAAGACGCCAUCCGGUUGAAGGAGAUUGCAGACCAUCAGCUAGAGGAGGCCUUGGAGACAUUAAAGAAUGAAAGAGAGCAGAAGAACAAUCUGAGGAAGGAACUGUCUCAGUAUAUCAAUUUAAAUGAUAGCAUGUAUAAUAAUCAUAUUAAUAUCUCAGUAGAUGGAUUAAAAUUUGGAGAAGAUGGGAAUGAACCUAAUAAUGAUGACAAAAUGAAUGGACACAUUCAUGGACCUCACAUGAAACUGAAUGGGGAUUUUCGGACUCCCAGCGUCAGGAAAGGAGAAUCUUUGCACCCGGUCUCUGAUCUCUUCAGUGAGCUGAACAUCUCUGAAAUGCAGAAACUGAAGCAGCAGCUCAUGCAGGUAGAGCGCGAGAAAGCUAUUCUGCUGGCAAAUCUUCAGGAAUCUCAGACCCAGCUGGAACACACCAAAGGGGCCCUCACUGAGCAGCACGAACGGGUCCAUAGGCUCACUGAACAUGUCAACGCAAUGAGGGGUCUGCAAAGCCACAAAGAGCUGAAAGACGUGGAUUUUGAGAAAGGCCGGGAUUCUGGGGAAGAAACCCAUGAUUAUGAAGUGGACAUAAAUGGCUUAGAGAUCCUAGAGUGUAAAUACAAGGUAGCUGUUACCGAGGUGAUCGACCUCAAAGCCGAAAUCAAAGCCUUAAAAGAGAAGUAUAAUAAAUUUGUUGAAAGCUACACUGAAGAAAAGGACAAGUAUGAGAGCAAGAUCCAAAUCUACGAUGAGCAGGUAUCCGGCUUAGAAAAGUCAACAAAGGAAAGCCAUGAGAAAAUGAUGCAGAUGGAGAAGGAACUGCAAAGGAUUACAGGCGUCGCCAACGAGAACCACAACACCCUCAAUGCCGCUCAGGAUGAGCUGGUGACUUUCAGUGAAGAGCUCGCUCAGCUCUAUCAUCAUGUCUGUCUCUGCAACAAUGAGACGCCCAAUAGGGUUAUGCUGGACUACUACAGGCAAAGCCGAGUUACUAGAAGCGGGAGCUUGAAGGGGCCUGAUGAUCCAAGAGGACUUCUAUCUCCCCGCCUUGCCAGGAGAGCAACGGUGCUCCCUGUAGAAGCCAGGGUGCCAACGGAACAGGGUUCAAAAGAGAGCACUGAAGCCAAUAAAGAGCCAAGUCCAACAAAGACCCCAACCAUUUCUCCUGUCAUUACAGCCCCUCCUUCCUCCCCGGUUUCUGACACCAGUGACAUUCGGAAAGAGCCGAUGAAUAUUUACAACCUCAAUGCCAUAAUACGGGACCAAAUCAAGCACUUGCAGAAAGCGGUAGACCGGUCGCUGCAGCUGUCCCGGCAGCGCGCAGCAGCCCGUGAACUGGCACUUAUGAUUGAUAAGGACAAGGAGGCUUUGAUGGAAGAAAUAAUGAAAUUAAAGUCCCUGCUGAGUACAAAACGGGAACAGAUAGCAACCCUCAGGGCAGUGUUGAAAGCCAACAAGCAGACAGCAGAAGUGGCCCUGGCCAACCUGAAAAAUAAAUACGAGAACGAGAAAGCCAUGGUAACAGAAACGAUGACUAAACUGCGCAACGAAUUAAAAGCUUUGAAAGAAGAUGCAGCAACCUUCUCAUCCUUGAGAGCCAUGUUUGCAACCAGGUGUGAUGAGUAUGUCACCCAGUUGGAUGAGAUGCAGAGGCAAUUGGCAGCUGCAGAGGAUGAGAAAAACACCUUAAAUUCUUUGCUGCGGAUGGCUAUCCAGCAAAAACUCGCCCUGACUCAACGCUUGGAAGACUUAGAGUUUGAUCAUGAGCAGUCCCGGCGGAGCAAAGGCAAACUUGGGAAAACCAAGAUCGGCAGCCCUAAAGUAAGUGAGGAGGCAUCAGCCACCGUGUCAACCAUAGACACUUUCCUCCUGCAUAGUCAGGGCCCACAACCACCAAACAUACUGGUCAGCAGUGGCACUCAGAGGAAAAGACAAUUCUCACCUUCCCCUUGUGAUCAGAGCCAUUCCAGGACUUCAGGGACCUAUCUACUGCCUUUAUUAAGACCCCCCCCAGAUCACACCUCCACAGAGUCAUUUCUUCUGAGGGGUCCCAUUUCCAUGAAUGAAUCCUUCCAUGGGCACCGUCUCAGCAAGGAAAAAAGGUUAACCGUACCCAUCCCAGUCGUGGCUCCAGUGCAACGUUUCCCAGUACGGGACAUCUCUCAUGAGGAACACUUGAAAGCCAUUUUGAUGGAUUUGGCAACUAGGCCCAAAACAUGUUACCAAAUACAAGAUUGUCAGCAGCCUGCUGCCUCACUACCGCCAUACCGCUCACAACUAACCAGGAGGCAUCGCUGCCAGACUGUCAGUCCUGAUGUAGCUCUUCCAGAAGAACAGCCACAUUCCAGCUCUCAAUAUACCCCUGUCAGCUGUCUACUUAAGCCUCCUCCUUAACAUCGUGCUUCAUUUGCAAUUUAAAA